GCCUCAUCGUACCGCAAUCAGACUUUAUUUGUAGCAUCAGCAAGGUUCAAUUCCCCUCUCUCCUCCAACCUCCGCAGCCUAGUCACACUUUCCUCCAUAUACCUCCACCGACAGGCUAGACACUUUCCUCUUAAGUUUUUUUGUUUGUGCAACGUUGUAUGUACACCGUUAGGCGUUUUUUUCUUCUCAGCUUUUCAGCUGGUCAGAGAACAAGAUUUGAAGCGCGUACGCAACAUAGUUAUUUUUUAUUCUUUGUAUGUACCGAAGUACCGAAUUUUGUGCGUCUCACCUGCGCACACUUCUUUCUACUCUCAUCUUUAUGCCAGAAGGCAUUUCCUCUCCUCACUCUUUUUUUUGUAUUUUUUAGUGUGUGUGGAACGAGAGGCAAAGUUGAAUGGAGAAACUCCUAUCCAGCUGUCGGGUGUGACUGGUAGAAAGGCGAAAUUGGGGCCGCACCACACAGACGACC